AUGAUGCGGAAAGGCGCGUAUGGGGAAGGCGCAGAGGCGGAGACAGGAAGCAGGAAGGUCAAUGCGUGGAUUGCACUAGAGAACACCACCACCGGCAGCACACUGGUACGUUCAGUGGACGUGAAGGGCGUGAUUCUGAAGGGCGUGAUUCUGAAGGGUGUGAUUCUGAAGGGCGUGAUUAUGAAGGGCGUGAUUCUGAAGGGCGUGAUUAUGAAGGGCAUCCUGCAUGUGCGGCGCUGGCCUGUCAGCCUGGCAGCAAAUGUGUGGUGGAUCAAAACGGAGUUCGCUACUGCCAGUGGCGUAAGUAUUUCCUUGCUCUGUCUGCCAGUGAGGGAUGAGUGCUCUUUCCUGCUCUGUUCAAUGAGUGGAGCCACAACCACGCCCAUCCCUCACCCCAUCCAUUCCCUCUCCCGUGCUUCCUGCGUUCUUCAGCCUCUUUGUGUGGCGCCUGCCCUCUAA